AUGAUGAGCUUCGAUGGAGGCACGGCAUACGCCGAAUCAGACGCCGAUGACGAGUACGAGCGAAGCAUCGGCGACAGGUCCCCCGUCGGAGACUCGGAGGCAUCCCCCAUCGAUUCCGAGCCAUCGACAUCGGCCGAGCACACCCCCACGACCUACGCACACCGUGGCAGCGCUGACCGCUUGCCCGAGACCAUAAUAACCAACUGGACGGCCGAUGAGUGCGCCGACUUUAUCGGCUCCGUCGGCUUGCCCCAGUAUGCCGAUCGUUUUGUUGAAAACGAAAUCGUUGGUGAGGCGCUGAUAGCGCUACAGCACGACGACCUGAAGAGCAUGGGCAUUGCCAGUGUCGGUCAUCGGCUUACUAUCCUUAAGAGCGUCUAUGAUGUCAAAAAGGCCCAGGACGUGCCCUUUGAGAGUGACCACUAUCUACCGCUGUCUGCCGACGCCGAAGCACAGUAUGCCACGGCCACACUCAAGGAUAUCAAGCAUCUGGUCGAGCAGCUGCGCCUGCGAGAUGAGCGGAUGAGUCUGCUCGAACAGGACCUGCGGCGGACGACGGAUGACUUUAGGCGCCUCCGGGAAGACAUGCUUCCGGCGUUACGCCUGGUCAAGGAUGCGCAGCAGCCGUUGCCCAACUUGAGCGGCAGCUCCCAGUCUUAUAGUUACGAGCCGACACUAUCGCCGCCUGUUCCGACGCCGCCUCCCGGCCAGGGGCCCGGCCCCGGGGUCAUGCGGUCAUAUUCGCAAAGGAAGAUUUUGAUUGGGGCGACGCCAAAGGGAACCUCACCCACGCAAACGUCGCACGAGAGGACGAUAGCCGAACAGACGUUGGAUCCCGCCAACGCGGCGGAGCGGGCCGUCAUGUCGUCGUCGCAUCUCGCGGCCAUGAACGGCUCCGCCCUGAACUCGACGGUUUCGUCUGCCUAUCCCUCGCCCAACAUCCCCUCGCCGACGUCGCCGCAAACCCACUUGACCGGCACGACGCUUGCUUCCCGAUCAUACCGUGGCGAAACCCCCACGCCAUCCAACCGUGGAACGCUCACCGAAAGCGAUCACACAAACUAUGGUGGACGCGACAAAACACCCGGCACCGCGCCGCUUCGACGGCGAGAAACCCCGGUGCCCGACACGCCCAGCACUAGCAAUGCGUCUGUCGAGAUAUUCAAGUCGUUCCGCGUCAGCAUGGACGACCCGUGCCACAAGGUUCUCCCGGCUGCGCUCAAGAAGUACCAGAUCAACGCCCCUUGGGACCAGUACGCCUUGUAUAUUGUUUACGGCGACCAGGAGCGCUGCCUGGGCAUGGACGAGAAGCCCCUGAUCUUGUUCAAGCAGCUGGACAAGGAAGGCAAGAAGCCGAUGUUUAUGCUUCGCAAGACGAACAACGCCCAGGUCGACGGCGACCCGGGAAGCGCGGGCAUGGGCGGUGCCGCGAGGGGCGCGUCGACGGGAUAUGACCCACCGGGAGGCAUUAUAUGA